GUGGACACGUCUCACCCUCCAGUCUCCCACGCGUCCUUCUCCAGAGGCCGGCGGGACUGACAGACUGACCGAGGGACUGACGGGUGGAGAUGGCGGCGCUGAGCCUGACAGUGAAUCCUGUAGACCCUCCUCUCGGAGCUUUGUUGACAAUAGAACAUGUUAAAGACAAUGUCAAAAUUUCAAUUGAUGAAGGAAAAGAGAAUAUCCUUCGAGUUUCUGACAAUGUUACAUUCACUGACGUGAAUUCUAUACUUCGCUACUUGGCCAGAGUUGCAACUUCAGCCGGGUUGUAUGGCUGUAACCUGAUGGAGCACACUGAAAUUGACCAUUGGUUGGAAUUCAGUGUUACAAAAUUAUCUUCUUGUACGUUGUUUAAUACAGCAGUAAGUGAACUUAAUCACUGUCUGUCACUGAGAACAUACUUAGUUGGAAACUCAUUGAGCUUAGCAGACCUGUGUGUUUGGGCCACACUAAAAGGAAAUAAUAAAUGGCAGGAGCAAUUGAAAGAGAAUAUGGCUCCACUUCAUGUAAAACGCUGGUUUGGCUUUCUUGAAGCUCAACGUGCAUUUCAGUCAGUUGGUACCAAAUGGAAUGUUGCUGCACCAAAAAUCAAAGUGGCAACCGAAAAGAAACAGGAUGUUGGAAAAUUUGUUGAGCUUCCAGGUGCAGAGAUGGGAAAGGUUGUGGUCAGAUUCCCUCCUGAGGCCAGUGGUUACUUACAUAUUGGACAUGCAAAAGCUGCUCUUCUAAACCAGCACUACCAGGUUAACUUUAAAGGGAAACUAAUCAUGAGGUUUGAUGACACAAAUCCAGAAAAAGAGAAGGAAGAUUUUGAAAAGGUUAUCUUGGAGGAUGUGGCUAUGUUGCAUAUCAAGCCGGAUCAAUUUACUUAUACAUCAGAUCAUUUUGAAACAAUAAUGAAAUAUGCAGAGAAACUUAUUCAGGAAGGAAAAGCUUAUGUAGAUGAUACUCCUGCAGAAGAAAUGAAAGCAGAACGUGAACAGAGGAUGGAAUCGAAACAUAGGAACAAUUCCAUUGAGAAGAAUCUACAAAUGUGGGAAGAAAUGAAAAAAGGAACUCCAUUUGGUCAGACCUGCUGCUUAAGAGCAAAAAUUGACAUGAGUAGUAAUAAUGGAUGCAUGAGGGACCCAACUCUUUACCGUUGCAAAAUUCAACCACAUCCACGAACUGGAAAUAGAUACAACAUUUAUCCUACAUAUGAUUUUGCCUGCCCCAUAGUUGAUAGCAUUGAAGGUGUUACACAUGCUCUGAGGACAACAGAAUAUCAUGAUAGAGAUGAACAGUUUUAUUGGAUUAUUGAAGCAUUGGGCAUAAGAAGACCAUAUAUUUGGGAAUAUAGUCGUCUAAAUUUAAACAACACUGUGUUGUCUAAAAGAAAGCUCACAUGGUUUGUCAAUGAAGGACUAGUUGAUGGAUGGGAUGACCCAAGGUUUCCCACAGUGCGUGGUGUGCUAAGAAGAGGGAUGACAGUUGAGGGACUCAAACAGUUUAUUGCUGCCCAAGGCUCUUCACGGUCAGUUGUUAACAUGGAAUGGGAUAAAAUUUGGUCCUUUAACAAAAAGCUGCGAGCUAUCUGUAAAAAGGUUAUAGAUCCCGUGGCUCCUCGAUAUGUUGCUUUACUACAGAAAGAAGUAAUUACUGUGAACAUACCUGAAGCUCAAGAAGAGAUGAAAGAAGUGGCUAAACACCCAAAGAAUGUUGAUGUAGGCCUGAAGCCCGUGUGGUAUGGUCCCAAAGUGCUCAUUGAAGGUGCUGAUGCAGAGACCUUAUCAGAGGGUGAGAUCGUAACAUUUAUAAAUUGGGGCAACAUUAUCAUCACUAAAAUACAUAAGAAUUCAAAUGGAAAAAUUGUAUCCCUUGAUGGCAAAUUGAACUUGGAGAACAAGGACUACAAGAAGACCACUAAGAUCACCUGGCUUGCAGAGACUGCAAAUUCUUCUCUUAUUCCAGCAGUGUGUGUCACUUAUGAGCACCUCAUUACUAAGCCAGUUCUUGCAAAAGAUGAAGACUUCAAACAAUACAUCAACAAGAAUAGCAAGCAAGAAGAACUAAUGUUAGGGGAUCCCUGCCUUAAGGAUUUGAAGAAAGGAGAUAUAAUACAACUACAGAGAAGAGGAUUUUUUAUUUGUGAUCAACCCUAUGAACCUUUUAGCCCAUAUAGUUGCAGAGAAGCUCCGUGCAUUUUGAUAUAUAUCCCUGAUGGCCACACAAAGGAAAUGCCAACAUCUGGCUCAAAGGAAAAGACUAAAGCAGAAACAACAAAGAAUGAGAUAACUACUUUGAAAGAAAAACCUACACCACCUGUUCAUAAGGAGCUUGAGACCCCAGAAAAUGCUUUGGCCCUUUAUAACAGAGUAUCUGCUCAGGGCAAUGUAGUUCGAGAAUUAAAAGCAAAGAAAGCAGCCAAGGAAGAUGUGGAUAUGGCUGUAAAGCAUCUUUUGGCUUUGAAAGCUGAAUAUAAAGAGCAAACUGGCCAGGAAUAUAAACCUGGAAAUCCUCCAACUGUAGUACAAAAAAAUUCCCCCAUCUCAAACAGUUCCUUUACUACAGACGAUAAGGCUCUUUAUGAUCAAGUUGCUGCACAAGGAGAAGUGGUUCGUCAACUCAAAGCAGAAAAGGCCUCAAAGGAUCAAGUAGAUUCUGCUGUGAAAAUGCUACUAACUUUAAAGGCAGAAUACAAACAAAAGACGGGGCAGGAGUACAAACCAGGUGGUCUCCCUUCAGCUUCUUCUCUUUCUGCUUCAUCUCCUCUUACUUCUUCUAUACCCCCAAAUACAUGCUCAAGUUCAGUAGACAGUAAAACAUUUUAUAAUAAGGUGGCUGAACAAGGAGAAAUAGUCCGAAGACUGAAAACUGAAAAAGCUUCAAAGGAUAAAAUUGAUGAAGCUGUGAAACUGUUACUUUCCUUAAAAGCUGAGUAUAAAGAAAAAACUGGACAAGAAUACAAACCUAAUCAACCUCCAUUUCAGAGUUUGGUUUCAAGUCCAACUAAAAUCAUUGAAAUCAGUGGUCCUGACACACCUGAAGCUAAAGCGUUGUUUGACCGAGUGGCUGCCCAAGGAGAUGAAGUUCGGAAACUAAAAGCUGAAAAAGUCACCAAAGAUAAAGUAGAUGCAGCUGUACAGGAACUUCUUCAGUUGAAGGCACAGUACAAGUCUCUGACAGGAGUGGAUUACAAGCCACUUUCUGCUACUGGGACUGAAGACAAGGAUAAAAAGAAAAAAGAAAAGGAAAAUAAAUCUGAAAAACAAAAUAAGUCACAAAAACAAAAUGACAAUCAAAAGAAAGAAUCUUCUAAGGACCAAGGCAGUGGAAUGUCUUCAAGUGGAGCAGGAGAAGGUCAGGGACCUAAGAAACAAACCAGAUUGGGAUUAGAAGCAAAAAAAGAAGAAAAUCUUGCAGACUGGUUUUCUCAAGUAAUCACAAAAUCAGAAAUGAUUGAGUACUAUGAUGUGAGUGGCUGUUAUAUCCUCCGUCCCUGGGCCUAUUCCAUUUGGGAAGCCAUUAAAGACUUUUUUGAUGCUGAGAUCAAGAAACUGGGUGUGGAAAACUGCUACUUCCCUAUGUUUGUGUCUCAAGGUGCUUUGGAGAAAGAAAAGACUCAUGUUGCUGACUUUGCCCCUGAGGUUGCUUGGGUUACAAGGUCUGGCAAAACAGAAUUGGCAGAACCAAUAGCUGUUCGCCCCACUAGUGAAACAGUAAUGUAUCCUGCUUAUGCAAAAUGGGUCCAGUCACAUAGAGAUCUGCCAAUCAGACUUAAUCAGUGGUGCAAUGUAGUGCGUUGGGAAUUCAAACAUCCACAGCCUUUCCUACGUACCCGUGAGUUCCUUUGGCAGGAAGGACACAGUGCUUUCGCUACAUAUGAAGAAGCUGCAGCAGAGGUCCUGCAGAUACUUGAUCUAUAUGCUCAAGUGUAUGAAGAACUCUUGGCUAUCCCUGUUGUAAAGGGAAGAAAAACUGAGAAGGAGAAGUUUGCAGGAGGAGACUAUACUACUACAGUAGAAGCAUUCAUUUCUGCCAGUGGAAGAGCAAUUCAGGGAGCAACAUCACAUCAUCUUGGGCAGAAUUUUUCUAAAAUGUUUGAGAUUAUUUUUGAAGACCCGAAGACACCAGGAGAGAAGCAGUUUGCCUAUCAAAAUUCUUGGGGACUUACCACUCGAACUAUUGGUGUUAUGACAAUGGUUCAUGGGGACAACAUGGGUUUGGUCCUGCCACCCCGAGUAGCCUGUGUUCAGGUUGUUGUUAUUCCUUGUGGAAUUACAAACGCACUCUCUGAAGAAGACCGAGAGGCAUUGUUUAUGAAAUGCAAUGAUUAUCGAAAACGACUGCUCAUGGCUAACAUCCGUGUCCGGGUAGAUUUACGAGACAAUUAUUCACCAGGUUGGAAGUUCAAUCAUUGGGAGCUCAAGGGAGUUCCAAUCAGACUUGAAGUGGGACCACGAGAUAUGAAGAACUGUCAGUUUGUAGCAGUCAGACGAGACACUGGUGAAAAGCUGACAAUUGCUGAAAAGGAUGCUGAAAUGAAGCUUCGUGAUAUUUUGGAGGAUAUCCAUGUUAACCUUUUCAAAAGAGCAUCUGAAGACCUCAAAACUCACAUGGUUGUAGCCGAUACAAUGGAAGAAUUUCAGAAAAUACUGGAUUCUGGAAAGAUUGCUCAGAUUCCUUUCUGUGGGGAAAUUGACUGUGAAGACUGGAUCAAAAAAACUACUGCCAGAGAUCAAGAUCUUGAACCUGGUGCCCCAUCAAUGGGAGCAAAAAGCCUUUGUAUACCCUUCAAACCUCUCCGUGAGCUGCAACCUGGAGCCAAGUGUGUCUGUGGCAAGAAGUUAGCCAAGUUCUACACCUUGUUUGGUCGCAGUUACUAGAGAAAAUGGCUAUUGCUGAGCUUUUUUUUUUUUUAAAUAAGACUGACAUCUCAAAAAUAACCAGUUUUAUGAAUUUUUAAAUAAAAUUUCAAAAAGCAGAGCCAUAAGAGACAACAUUGAAAAGGAAAACGUCAUUAUACUCUUAAAAUAGCAGAAAUAAAGACUUUUCUGUGAACAGUUCUAACAAUAAAUAUGUAUUGUGAUCAUACAUUUCUUCA